AUGUCUUCCGCCACUGAGCAACGCCUUGACGACCUCCGCGAGAACGUAACCGACCUCCUUCACUAUGAGAUUAUCAGUGAUCGGGGGCUGAAGGAGGUGCUUGACCGUGAGGACGCUUUCGAAGCAGGAACGGCCGAUAUGAUGGCACAUAUACCAGACGCACUAAAAAAUGAUUUUCUGGAUGGGUUGAUUGCCCAGAGGAGGCGGGGAUUCGAUAAAGAGGUGCUGGAGAUGUGUAGGUACUUUGCUGGGUGCUGGGGGUUGAUGGAACAGGUUUUAGAAAACAUGAGAAGAUGGACAAGGGUGGAGAGGGGGCCGCCCAGGUAUGGUGAGAAUUCCACUGCGGGGUAG